AUGGGCGCAUCGAAUCUCAUCCCGCUGGUCAUUCUCUUCCUCGUCGUUGCAGGCGUAGGCUGGGUCGGCUACCAGAUCUACCUCUACUCGAACGAGCUCGCAGAGCGCGGUGUCCGCAAGAUGGAGAAGAAGAACGUUGUCUUCACCAAGGAUGGCGCGAAAGUGGGCGUCAAGGAGGUCAGCGCGGAGCAAUAUGCGGACAAGACGCAGAGAGCGUUCGUGAAGACAUGGAAUGCGGCGCAGGAAAGCCCGCAAACAGGGCAGAAUGUCAGGACAAGGAGGGCUUGA